AUGGAAGAUCCCAAGCCCACCUCAAGCCAACUCCCAACUGAGGAUAAUGGGUACCAGACCUAUAAAGCGGCGGGAAAACUUUCUGGGAAGAAGGCCAUCAUCACUGGUGGUGAUUCAGGAAUCGGUCGCGCAGUUGCUAUUCUAUUCGCCAUGGAAGGGGCAUCUAGCCUUAUCACGUAUCUGCCCGAAGAAGAAAAGGAUGCGCAGGAGACCAAGCAACGAGUAGAAGAAACCGGACAAAGCUGUUAUUGCUUUGCAACCGAUAUCCGGGAUAAAAAGAACUGCCAAAAGGUGGUUGAAACAGCCCUCAAGAGCUUAGGUGGAAUUGAUAUUCUCGUCAAUAAUGCCGGGACUCAAACGAUGAUUGACGACAUCAAAGAUUUGGAAGAGUCCCAAUGGGAGAGCACAUUCGACACUAAUAUCCAUCCCAUCUUCUAUCUCUCCAAGUACACGCUUCCUCACUUGAAGAACGGCUCCACGAUAAUCAACUGCGCUUCGGUCAACCACUAUAUUGGUCGUCCUGAUCUGCUUGAUUAUACAUCCACAAAGGGAGCCAUCGUUGCCUUUACCAGGGGAUUAUCUAACCAGCAAGUCAAGAAUGGAAUCCGGGUGAACUGUGUGUGUCCUGGACCAAUCUGGACCCCUCUAAUUCCAGCAACCAUGACGACCUCCGCAAAGGAGCAGUUUAGCGGUACACCAAUGGGCCGCCCGGGACAACCCAGCGAGGUUGCAACAUGUUUCGUCUUCCUUGCAAGUCAGGACAGUAGUUUUAUCUCUGGCCAAAGCUUGCAUCCGAAUGGGGGAGUCGUAGUCAAUGGGUAA